AUGCCGGCGUACGCGACGGCGGCGACGAUCGUGAAUGAUGUGAAGACAUCAUCGAUGAAAACGCGCUUCAUCGACGCGUCGUGGUCCGCCGACGGCGACGGGCGACGGGCGUUCGCGACGAAACGGAUCCCGGGGGCGGUGUUUUACGACCACGACGCGUCGUGUGAUCUCAGCUCGCCGUUACCGCAGGCGUUUCCGUCGAGGGCGACGCACGCGGAGUACGCGGGCGGAGCGCUCGGGACGCGCGCGAGCGAUGACGUCGUGGUGUACGCGCAGAGCGGUGACUCGUGCGCGGCGGAGAGAGUGGCGUGGGUGUUCGUUGAACACGGGCACGAGGGCGCGGUGCGCGUGAUGCGAGGAGGGUUGGAGGCGUACGAGGCGUGCGGCGGCGUCGUGGAGACGGGCGAGGAGAGCGCGCGGGAGUACGACUCGGUGGAGUACGAGGGCGAGGCGCGGGAGAAGGGCAAGGGGCGAUUGGUGACCGCUCGCGAGCUGUUGACGAAUCUCAGCACGCAGCGGUUGCAGGUUUUGGAUUGUCGCGCGCCGGAGGUUUUCGCGGGCGCGGCGCGGGACUGCGCGCACGUGCGGAUACAAGGACGAGCGAUUCAGUUCGAGGGGUUUCGCGAGGGGCACGUCCCGGGGGCGAAGAAUUUGUAUUACAAGCGCAUUCUCGAGUGCACGGAGAGCGAUCUUACGGCGUUGUUCGAGAGCGCGGGGUUGGAUCUGACAAUGCCAGUGGCGGUGGUAGGAUCCGGCGGCGUCGACGCCGCGCCGAUGGUAGCGUCCGCGCUUGAGCGCGCUGGGUGCUCGGGCGUGUACGUGCUCAAGGAUGGGAUGUGCGCGUGGUGCACGGCGCAAGGAAGCUCGUAUCCGAUGUCUCUGGAGAACGCGUCUCCGCACGCGUCACACAACGAAAAGCGGCUCAUUGUGUGGGCGGUGACGCGCUCUCGAAGCACCGCGCUCGAGCGCUCGUUGUCAAAGCACUCCGAGUCCAUGGUUAUGCAUGAGCUUCUUACCGAACCGUACCUCAAGGAGAAUAACCCGACGAAUUACGCCAAGAUUGUGAGUGGGCAAUCGGAGCAACAGCUCGCGAGCAGCGGGUGCAGUUACGCCACCAUGUUGGAGGUGAUGACGGCAGACUACUCUGCGCAGGGUCGUCCCUUCUUCUUCUCCAAAGAACUGUCGUGCUAUUUCGAUUUGACUCAAAUGAACUCGUCUUGGCUUAAGAGAUUCUCGCACGUGGUUCUCAUUAGACGCCCAGAGCACGCGUUGGAAUCAUUCUAUCGAGUCUCCAUUGAGUCUCCCGAGGAGAGCACGUACUUUGAUCCCUCCGAGGCUGGAUUCGUGGAAGCGUUUGGCAUCGUGAAUGCCCUCAAGCGCAUCAACGCCAAGGUCAUGGUGAUCGACGCCGACGCCGAUCUGUUGGCUCGACCUGAGGCGACAAUGCAAGAGUUGUGCAAGCUUGCGUCAGUAAAUUUCGAGAGCUCGAUGUUGCACUGGAAACCGGCGGAGCUGUCGACAUGGAUCAAGUUUCGCGGAUGGCACGACGAUGCGGCAAAAUCGACCGGAUUCACAGCUGUGGACAAACCGCCGUUGCAGAACGUCCCUUCGGAGGUCCACGAAGCGGCGGCUAAAAAUCAACCAUAUUAUGAAGCGGUGUCGUGGGAGAGAUCCGAAUCGGCAGAUCAGUGGCCGAUUUUACGACAAUCCACCGAGACUGGCGUCAAAUCGUGCAAGUUUUCUGUUGUCUUGUGCGCAUCGGACGAAGGCGCGACGGACAUGGCUCCUCGACUGGCCGCAGCUCGAUUGAGCGGCGUCAAUGUGUAUGAAUUCAAAUCAACAGAAAUAGCUGAGGCUUCAAAGAAGUGCCCGUUCCUCUUUGACGAACCCAUUGUACUGGUCGGUAACCAUAAGCCGACGUUGUACAUGGCGGAAGCUCUUCGUGAGCGAGCACAAAAGGAGGGUACGCUGUCCAUCGUCCGAAUCGUGUGCGUCGACGAGAUGGAUCACCGAGUGGUCCCAGAGGGAUACAAGUACACAUGGGUUCGCGAGGAAUCUCUCGCGGACCAAACCGUCAUGGACGAGGUGCUAAAGAGCGUGAUAGAUGACAUCGAGACCGCUCAAAGUGAGGCUGCGAAGGAGGUGGAAGAAGUGAACGGAUUGGCUGCGUCGUACGAGGCGACAACGGCGGCGACGCACUGGCGAUCAGGUUUGGCAAUGGCACUUCAAGACGCUCGUUCGAACAAACCGUGCGUCACCGACGCGACGAGCACGUACACGUUGCGAGAGGUGUACUCCCGCGCGUAUCACGUUGCGAACAUCCUCACCGAGCGAGGCGGGACGAACUGCCGAGUCGGCUUGUUUCUUCUUGCCUCUGCGUCCUCUGUUUGGUGCGCUAUGGGCUCGCUGUUGUGUGAGUCUGUGUUUUGCGAGAUCCCCGCAUGGUACCGCGACACCGAUCUUGAGCGCGUGUUGAGGUUGAACGAAUCGAAAGUCAUCCUUACUUCUCGAGAUCUCUCAAAGUUCGUGCCGGCAGAAUUCCAGCAUAUGAUCGUCAUCAUCGAGGAUGUUGACUGCGACGCGGACUUGAGCGGCGAACUCCAUCCCGCGCUCACUCGUCCCGACACCCCGGAUGCUCCGGGAUUUUCUGUUCUCACGAGUGGUACAACGGGUGUCAGUAAAAUUCUUUGCUGUCCGCAAUCUGCGCUGACGGAUUCACAGACGGUUAUAGGACCACACAUGCGCGGCGACGACGUGAUGGGGAGCUUCUGGGUUUAUUACUACUUCUUCAUCCCACUGCUCGCUGGACGCACAAUGUCAAUCAUUCCCAACGAUUUCUUCCUCAAGCCACGAGAGCUGGUGCAGUACAUCCAAAAACAAAAGAUGACCAUGCUCUACCUCAGUCCGAGCAUCCUGGAGAGCUGCUUGCUUCACUGCACGCCGCGCGAGUUCGCUGACGGGCUGAAAGAAGUGCACACUAUUUUAUUGACAGGUGAGCGUGUACGCAUGCAGACGCGCAUCCUCGUCGCAGAACGUACGCUCUCACCCGAACUCGAUUGA